AGCAUAGACAACUCCUCAUCUGUGCUGACAUGAAGCACAUUUACUAUGUGUACAUUAGCGCCGUUUUGUUGGCGAACUACAAAAAUGGCCGCAACAGACUCGAUGACACUGGAUGACAGGUUGGGUUGUGGUAGUUGAAAGUGAAAGUGAGGGAGAGAAGAAGAAAAGGAGAGAAACGAACAGCGUCGGUGACAGCCGUGCGUCUGUCUCACUGUGAGGAUGACCUGUACUAGUCUACGUUUUUCUGCCAAAAUGGUUUAAGGUUUAUCACAUGGAUCUGGUUUCACACCCACUAUUUGUCUCUGUUUUGACGAUCUGUUUUCUCGGAGUUGCGCGCUCUUCCAACGACGACAAAGUCAAAUGUCCGUGCUCAGAAAUUCGUCAUAUCCCUCUAACUAAACCUCCACCAAAGACCUGUCUGGAAACAAUGUUUCGAUACACAUGUGUGGACGGAUACUUGAGGCAAGUGGGAACCUCGAACCUCAUUAAAUGCAAGCGGAUUAAUGGCACACCACAGUGGACCCCGCCUGCCCUUCAGUGCAUACCUGACCCAAGGAGAACCACUACUCAUUUGCCAGAGACAACAGUAACAUCAGCAUUUUCCACUGCCCCUCAUACGACCCUGGGUGAAAGCAGCAUCUCAGCGUCUGUGGCUACAGAAACGUACGGCACCUUGUCAACCUCUCCUGCUGUGCACACAGACAUGGAAUUUGUGAGUGAGACCAGCGCAACAGACCGGACAACUUCAAACUCAUCCAACCAAAACAGCAACACGACACUCACUCCUCAUGUGUUGACCUACACUGACGACAAACUUGACAAAACAACAACAGUGGUGAUCGUCUGCAUUGCACUGGUGAUCAUCUGCGCUUUGAUCGGAGUCAGCUAUGCAUGUUACAGAAGGAGGUCAAGAAACCCACCAGCGUCAGUGGAAGAAAUGACAUACAUGAAUACUUCUGCUGAUCCGGCGCCAUAAAAUUCCCACAGUAUGGCCUGCCGUUGCAGAGAGCGCAGACAGGAAACCAGAGGACAUUAAACUUUUUAUUUAUGUGAAGCAAACCAGAAUAAAGUCAAGGUUCAAGAAUGUCUUCCACACUUGAAUCUGUCUGGACAAACCUGACCUGUAGCAUGUUAUGUUCAUGCUAAUGGUCCAAAACAGGAGACCGUUGGGUUUGUUGCACAUCAUGGAAUUGCUUGUUGAUGUUGAAGAGUGGAACCACCCGUGAGCCUUAUGAUUGUUCAAUCGCACUCUUGACUUUCAACGUCAUGCAUACGUCACCCUUCUCCAUGCACCUGCACUUGUCCUGCAACGGCGUGGUGUAUGGAACACAGGAGUCUGCCUCUGAAUACAGAGACCGACAAAAAGACAAGAGUCUCUAGUCCUACUCGUCCUAACUAGAGCCACUUUGCAGUAUUGUGCACUGGUCAGGUGCUUAAAGUCACUAUGUGUAACUUUCUUCUUGUCCGAGGUAUAUUAUAGCAUGUAGACUAUCGUGUUAUUCCACUUUUACAAGCAUGACCAAGCUUUUACCCUGUUAUUAUCACUUAAAGGUCUUGAGAUCAGAACUUAUGAGAUCAAAUCUUAGAAAUGACACCAUCUUGCUGUGGGAGACACUCCAGGGCCCUCACCAUCCUUUUUUCGUUUUUUUUUUAUCUUUAUUUUUUCUUCGCUAAAUCAUUAUCACUUUUGGAAAAUGUAAAAAUGUAAAUAAAA